UUGACGGUCUGUUACGUGACGCCGCGUCCGUCUCUGUGACACUGCACGCGCUCUGCUGUCAGAGGGGGCGGGGGGCUUUAUACAAGCCGCCGGACUCCGGACCCGCCCGCAGCUCACAGGCCGCCUGGCUGCCGGGCACCCAUGUCCCGCUCACACCCUCAGAUCCACGCCGGCGGAGAGCCCACGGAGAACGGAAUGAAGCAGGAGGAGGAGGAGGGGGCGGAUGAGGAAGACCUGGACGACGAGCUGGACGCGUCUCAGCUGGAGAGGUUCAUGCGGGACCGGAGGAGAGCAAAGUCCCUGCCGGCGUACCCGGCGCUGCUGAACGGAGCCCACGGAGCGGAGGAGGGCAGGAAGCGCGUGAAGUUCGCGGACUCCAUGGGGCUGAGCCUGGCGCGAGUGAAGCACUUCAGCUCCCUGGAAGAGCCGCAGAUCCCCAGCAAGGUCCUGUCCCGGCACAGGAGCUUCCCCCUGGAGCAGCAGGACCUCCUGAGCAGCCUGUGCCACAGCUUCGCCGCCGGCCUGCGCGCGGACCAGCCGGAGCUCCGGGAC